AUGUCCGUGGACCUACCAGUUGAUCGCCUUGAGCUUGACGCCCUUCGGGAGAAGGUGGCGAUCAUUUCUGACGAGAACAAGUAUCUAAAUGACCAGAAUGACGCGCUUGUGGAAACCAAUGGCCACCUCGCCAUUGACAAUGAGGACUUGAAGAAGAAGCUCUCCUUGGCAGAGGAGCGGGCGGAGAGGUACUUUGACUUCUGGCGCUCAGCUGAGGAGGAGCUUACCAAACAGCUGGAGCUGAAUGAGAAGCUCAAGCAACAGCUUGAGGCCGCUAAGGCGGGGGAACCUGAAGCCAAAGAAAGCUCCAACUAG